AUGCCUACCUUCCACUCUCAUUCUUCCGGGACAUUGUUGGAAGAGCCGUCCAGGAGGAAAAGAUCUUACCACGAUUUUCUUCAUUCUGAAAGCCGUACCACAAGUCCGUCAUCCUCACCACCCCGCUUGAGGUUCAGCAUAACUCCCUCACCUUCCAACCUUUCGAGCAUGUCACGGCCUUCUCCCAUGCCUCCCCGAAGAUUUAUUGGUGAUGGCUUUGACUACCGCAGACCAGUCAUGUCCACCAGCGGAAAUCAGCAAGCAGCACAGACGUCGACACCAACACCUGAUGUGAUAGAUCUCACAGACGAUUCCGACAGUCUCCAGACACAACCGAUCUUGCGAAGAACUUCAGCUGAGAGGAAUAGCCCCGAUCAUAGACCUGGAGACGUUAGAAUUUGGGGAUGCGGCAGGGGGCCAAACGGGCCAUUGAUGGUGAGCGACAAUGAAUUUCUAGCACUCUUCCAAGAGCCUCCUAGCAGUCCUGGGUUUGAGAUUUUGGGGGAGAGAUCUGUACGUCCUGAGCCACCGCCGCCGCCGAGAAGAAGCGUUGCCGAAAGGAGACCGACUCCAUACGUGACUGAAGAGGAACAGGAGGCUGCAGAAGCACCUCCAUUACCACCAGCGCCGGCAUUUCGUGGUUUGCCUUAUGGGCUAGCGAGUUGGAUUGUACAUGCAGGGACGCGCCUUGCUGGUGAGCGCAACGUGCCGCAGGAAGGCCUAUCGAAUCGUUACACCUAUUCUAAUGGCGUCUAUACCCAAGUUCCUCAGUACAACAGUGGAAACAGCUGGCAGCAGCCCCAGCCCCAACUUCAGUUGCCUAGAAUUUCUGCUCUGGACGCGUUCCAGCGACCUCGCCUGAACUACGAGGCUCAGGGUUUCGAACUUAUUGGUGCUGCUCAUACGUCACCACCACCACCACGCCCAUCAUCUCCGUACAAAGCCCCACGUACCUCCGCCCCCGGAUUCACUCGGAAAGUUGAAGAGGAUGACAUCGUGGUGUGUCCGCACUGUGGCGAUGAGCUGGGAACCGGUGAUGGUGACCUGAAGCAGCAAAUCUGGAUCGUCAAGCAAUGCGGACAUGUCUACUGUGGUGAAUGCGCUAUGAAUCGUCAUGUGGGCAAGAGCAAGAAGACGGCACCCCAGGCCCAGGGCAAACCGGAGCCUUUCAAGUUGUGCGUGGUGCAAGACUGUAAGAAGCCUGUCACUUCGAAGACCGCUCUGUUUCAGGUCUAUCUGUGA